GGCAAAUUUAAAGUUAUGUCGUACAUUCUUCUGUUUGUUCAAAAGAAAUUCUGGUCAAUGGAUUAUCAUUUAUUGGAACGCUGUUACUUUGUGUUCUACAUCUUCACUGUUAUCAGUCAUAAAUAACUUUUUCAAGGUAUUUUUACCUUGUGAUGGCUGAUGAAGUAGUGAAAGAUCCUAAAACCAAUGAUGAUGUCCAAAUGGAUGAAGACCGUCUUAAUGAAGAAGACUACCAGGAACCGGAUUGUCGUAGCGAAAACAUUUCAGAAGAACUUACCGAUACAGAAAUCGAGUGUUUGAAAAAGGAAUUACAGUCUGAGAUUUCAGAAUUGGAAUGGGAAUUUAAACAAGCAAAAGAGUCGCUAUACAAUGAACGUAUAAUGCAAGUAGAGAAUAAACUAAAUCAAGCAAAAAUGGGUACUGCACCUGAAUUUCUUCAUGUUCUAUCCUUAGUUGAGGAGACAUAUAAAAUUAGAUUACAGGUCGCAAAACAUAGAAUGGAAUUUGCUUUGGAAAUAACUAACAAAGAGUUAGAUAACGAGUUACAAAUCAUUCAAUGUGACGUUAAUGAGCGAUUAUUAGCAGCAGAAGAACAAAUUCGACUAAAUCUUCAAGAGAGUUUGUGCAAACUUCAGUAUGAACGAACCGCCCACGAAAGAAAAACUUCUGAAGUUUCAGAAAAAGAAUAUAUCAAGUCCUCUGAUCAAUAUGAUAAUUAUCUUCCUAGUCCAAAUCUUGAACCUCGAAAGAAACCAGUUACACUCUCCCCAUCUACUCCUAGACUUAUAUAUCAAAUACCUGAAAAAGAUAUUCGUUCAGAUGUUGAAUUAAUUUUAGCGGCUGUAAAGAUUCUAGUGAUUGGGAAAAAGUUAAGAUAUUGUUCAAAAUAUUUCAACUUGGAAGUAUACAUGCCGCACUUAUCUGGUUGGUUCAUUGCGACCAGGCUUAUUGAUCAGUACAAUGGUUUCUAUCGUAUAGUCAUUUCCGUUACCAAUAAACCUUUCCAUAUCAAAGAUGCCAGUGUUAAGUACUUCACAGACUUAUGCAAAAAUUGAAUAACCUCUUAAUGUUAUUCCAUCUUUCAAUCAACACAAACACAAAUUUUCCGACGGUUCAAUGUAAUUAAACUGGGAUAAAUUUCUUUCAUUGAGGUCGAUACAUUUUGAUCGCCUUAACUAUUCCAUUUACUAUUUUCGUGGGUUAGAAUAGUCUCUUCUGAGUUCAAACAAAAUUAAAUGUGAAUACACAUGGUUAUAGUCUAAACAGUUUUUGAUAAAAGUGACUGCUUUCCAUUUGUUUGUCUAAUUAUUUAUUAUUUUACAUAACUCUCAAGUCGAGUGUAUGUACAUCAUAUUAUUU